CAAUAUAAGGGCAGCGGAAUCGUGGCUCCGUUAGCAUCCCAAGCUAGCGGUUUGUUUUGCGCACCGCACUAUGAAAGGAGGCGUCUCUCGGCGUAAAGAUAAAGACUUCUUCAAAUAACUUCGCCUAAUCCUUGAGCUAACCAUUAUCCCUCCAUGAGUAGCCUUGACAAAUACUAGUUUUUGGGAUGAGGAUGCGGACUCGGAGACAAUGUGCGAUGGAGGGUGAUGGGAAGAAGAUGGACCAAGCGCCUCCGUUUAGAAACCCUUUUGUACAUGUCUUGAGAUUCACCCCCAUGGAAAAAGCAAAGGUGGCAGUUAUGACAGUCACGCUGUUUCCCAUCCGUCUUCUCAUAGCUGCAUUUAUGAUGCUGCUGGCUUGGCCUUUUGCGUUUGUGGCCUCAGCGGGACGCUCUGAGACUACUGUUGAACCUCAGUGCCUCUGGAGAAGACUGGUCGACAUCAUUUUGAGGAUCAUCAUGCGGGUCAUGUGGUUUGCAGGUGGCUUUCAUUGGAUAACUGUUAAAGGGCAGAGGGCAUUGCCUGCCGAAGCGCCCAUUCUCACUCUGGCACCCCACUCUUCUUAUUUUGAUGCCAUCCCAGUCACAAUGACAAUGGCUUCUAUUGUCAUGAAAGCUGAAAGCAAGGAUAUACCCUUGUGGGGAACUUUGAUAAAGUACAUCAGGCCAGUGUUUGUAUCACGAUCAGACCAGGACUCAAGAAAGAAGACCGUGGAAGAGAUCAAACGCAGAGCCCACUCUGGAGGGGAAUGGCCACAGAUCAUGAUUUUUCCAGAGGGAACCUGCACAAAUAGAUCCUGCCUCAUCACCUUUAAACCAGGAGCCUUCAUCCCAGCAGUACCAGUGCAACCGGUUGUGAUGAGAUACCCAAAUAAAUUGGAUACAAUCACAUGGACAUGGCAAGGGCCUGGAGCGUUUAAAAUCUUGUGGCUGACACUGUGCCAGCUACACAAUGUCUUUGAAAUAGAGUUCCUUCCCAUCUACACCCCCUCUGAGGAAGAGAAAAGGAACCCUGCUCUCUUUGCUAUCAACGUGAGGCAUGUCAUGGCCAAAGCCCUUGAGGUCCCAAUCACAGAUUACUCCUUUGAGGACUGCCAGCUCGCCAUGGCAGAAGGCCAGUUGAGACUGCCAGUUGAAACUUGUCUGUUGGAGUUUUCCAAACUUGUUAGGAGACUAGGGCUUAAACCCCAAAACACCGAAAAGGUGCUGCAGGGUUAUGCGAACAGAGCCAGGAAGCUGGAAGGAAAGACGCUUUGCUUGGAAGACUUUGCUCAGUUCUUGGAUGUGCACGUUUCAGAUAUGUUACAAGACAUGUUUUCCCUUUUUGAUGAGCAUGAAGAUAAUAGCGUGGAUAUCCGAGAAUAUGUGAUUGCCUUAUCUGUUGUAUGCAGACCUUCCAAAAGUCUGGAAACACUGAAAUUGGCCUUCAAGAUGUUUGAGGCUGAGGAGGAUGGCGCUAUAACAGAGACCGAGUUGGCAGUUAUUCUGAAGACCGCUUUGGGAGUUACUCACCUCAGUAUCACUUGCUUGUUUGCUGCCAUUGACAGUGAAGACACAGGAAAGAUCACAUUUGAGAGUUUCAGGAGCUUUGUGGAAGAACACAUGGACUUUGCAGAGGAAUACCUGUACCCUGAAAAUCCUGGCCUCCUGAGUGGUACCUGCCAGCAUCAACAAACAAAGACAAGGCUUUCUUUUCACAAUGCGCAUGACCCUGCCAACAGCAAAAUAACUAACGGUGUCUGCCCUGAUUUCAGCCCCAAUGAUCAUGACAGCACAAUCCAUGAACUCUUCAAGAAACACAAUUGAAAGAGUUAAGGUUAUGGUUGUGGAACAUGAAACAUCUCUCCUGGUGAGAGGUUGUUAUGUUAUGCAUGCUUGGUGUAGGUGGUUGCAUUUUUUUUUUAAUGGAAAGGGACUAUAUUUCACUAAUUACAAAUGUUUACCAGGCUUAACCUGUUGUUAGCAUUGUGUCAGACGGUUUUCUUAAGUAGCGUCCUACAUGAUGGUAGUUUUACUUAUAUGUUGAUUACCUUUUUUGAGGGGGUUGUCAGGAGCCCAACUUCGGCUGUUUCGGUUACAUUACUUGAAGGGCACUUACUAAAGGCUGGGGGCUUUUUCUUUUUUUUUCCUCUCUCAGCUGCAUUUUUGAAAAGGCUGUGCAUGUUUAUAGCAAGGGGAAAUCAAGCCUUGACAAUGAAAGGAACACAUUUGGGAAAGUAAUGAGUUUCAAAUGUAUAUUUGUUCCCCUUUUUUAUGGUUAUCCGCUUUUUGGCUAGAGAGUGGGCGUUUUCAACAGUAUUGAGGCGUAUGUACAUAAAGUUCCACCCGAGUUAACCGGUGACAAUUAUAGAAGCCAUUUUAGUGCUUCAAGCUAAAUUUGAGGAUAACUCGGGUCAUCUGAGUUGGUUACAUUUUUGCUAUGAGCUUGUUAAAUACAUAUAUUUAUACAAUAUUUUUGAUUUAGCUCAGGGUUCAGUAAAACAAAUGACAAAUAUACUUUUAUGAUGUCAUCAUUAUUUACUUUGAGUUUUGCGCAUGUCUUGUUUGAAUGACAUCUGUAUCGUUCUGCCUACUUUCAUUCACUUGUCUUUAUUGUUAUCACACAAUUUGGACCAAAUAUGUGUUUGGUGAAUAUGUCACCGGUUAUGUCUGUACCUUACAGUCGGUGGUGUAAUGGCUUUGACCGUUGAAAGCACAUUUUGUUUUGGUGGCUUGGGCAGAUUUUAUAACACGUCAUUCCAAAUUCCCUUUCUGCUUUACAAUGCCGUACAUGUUGAUAAUCCCUAUUCAAUUCAGAGCAUACAUAACUUCAAUCAUUUUGAAAGAAAAGGUAGGCUAAAGGUUCUUAUUUUUGUAUAAAUUCUUCAUACGAUGACGUGCAGCCCUAGGCUAGUAUGAAGGCCAUAUGUGUAACUAGCCUGAAAAUAUGACUCAAUGAUUUUAAUUUUGAUCACCAGAAUUUUUUUUAACUAUAUAUAUAUAUAUAUAUAUAUAUAUAUAUAUGUAUGUAUGUAUGUGUAUAUAUAUAUAUAUACGUAUAUAUAUAUAUAUAUAUAUAUACAUAUAUGUGUUGUAUUAUAACAGUUUCUGAAGAUCAUGCUUGCAUGUUUUUCCGUUAAUGGCUUUCAGUAAAGCAAUAUUCCACUUUUUUAAGUCUUUCAAAGAGCUCUGGUAUGUACUUUGAAUAUUCCAAAUGCUGGGCAUUUUGUGAAUCUUUGAUACACACUUAUUGUUUUAUUUUAUUUUUUCACUGCCAUUACUUAUCUGUGUGAUCGCUGCAGAUUUUAUUGUUGAUGAAAAACGAGGCACAUUUUGUUUUCAUAUAAUACUACAAUUUAAUGCUGCAUUCAACCAAUCAAGUCCAUAUAUUUUGGUCCUCUUAAUGCUAAUUGACUGCUCCCAUCUGAAAUGCAGAUUUCCUAGGGAAACCAAUAGCCUUGAAUAUAAUUUUGAUGCUUGAUAAGAGAAUGUAUUGACAAUCUUGUCACAAUCAGAAUCAACUCCAAGCAAACUGAAAUGGGUUGGUUUUUUUUUUAAAAAAAGGAACAUUUUUAUUCUUUUCACUUUUCUUUGUUGAAUUAGGCGUACAUAAACAAGUGUACAAAUGUGUCAGGCCUUGAGGUGGUUGCGCCGCAUGACAGGCCACAAGACACAAAUCUUUCAUAGUACGCAUAUUCAAAUGAAAUCUUAAUACUGAAUCAAUGCUUUUAGUAUUUUCCACACUAAGCUUGUUCCUUUAGCUUUUUGUUUUCAUACAUGCUUGCACUUUAGUUUUCUUAUUUUUCUGACGUUCACCUAUAAAGCAUGUUCACCUAUUUUAUUAGCAGUAGUUUCUCCCUUGUAGGCAAAAAAAAGGUUUAUAAGCUGCACUACUCCCUGUAUUUUAGACCAAGCUUGGGUAAUUUGCCUAAAAUACAACUUUUAGACUGACAUUUCUGCUUACUCUUGGAUUGUUGGACAUUUACAGCAUGGGAAUGACAGACUUUGCUAACUCUGAAACAUCUAACAGAUUUGAAUGAAUAAGAAUUGCGUGCGCCACACAGUGAAAAUGUAUUUGAUGUUAACAGGAGUUUAAUCACACAAUUUCCGAGUAAAUGUGAAGGAAAUAUUUUGUACGUCCAGAGAGGAGACAUGACUGACUGUGAAAUAUCACUGAAACACAAUGGCAAGGAUUUCACCUUGAAUUGAAUGUUUUUAAAAGUACCCCUUGUGCUUUUAUUUAUUUCCUGCCUACGAAACAUACUUUUAGAUGGGAAAAGGUUUUAUUGAUUGAAUAAAUGUUUAUGUCAUCAGUAUGUACACGUAUAACAUCCCGCUGGCCCUCUGAAUAACUUGUAUUUAUGCUGCUUGCUAAACAGUUUGUCUGUCAUUGAGCCAAAGACGAAAGAUGUUGUGUACUCUUGACAGAGUGAUUGUCUUUUUGAUGGUUCUCUGCUUAUGGACUAAACAACUGUUCCUUCGCUAGCUUUACAUCACCUCUUUUUCUAUACUCACGUUUUGUUUUAGAAAUGCGUUUUGAUGUAGAGUCAUUAUUGCAAGCUAUUUUGCAUUUGUCUAUUCAGGACUGCUAUGAUGUAACUUGUAAAUGUGACUCUUGGAUCUAAGAAUAAAAAAAAAAAAACUCAAAA